AUGAGUCCCAAGACCUUGAAGCGUCGCAUUGACGAUCUGGAGGAGCUCAUCAACCAAUCUGAUCCCGAGGAUGAGGACUACAGCGAUCAUCCUGCCCCCCGUCGUCGCUCCCGCAAGACCAGCCGAGCCGCAUCCACCCCCAAGCGCAAGAAGGCAUCUAAGCCAGCUACAAAACGCCGCCGCCGCAACUCCGAUGGCAUUGUUUCUGACGACGAUGAUGAAAACCCCAACGUCCCUCUGAACGCUCGCGGUGUCGCUCGGCGCCAUGCCACCACCCAGAAGAAGCACAACUACCGAGAGUCCCCCGACGAUGAAGAAGAAGAAGAAGAUCAAGACGAGGAAGAAGACGAGGUGGAAGCCGAGGCCGAAGAAGAACAAGAGCCUGAGGGUCAAACCCGGUCCCAGUUUCGAACCCCCGCUUCAAACAGCAAGGUCGUCACUUUGAGGGUGUCGUCAGAUGCCCUCCAAGCAGUCACCCGUCGCAUGACGCGUGGCACUCGAGACCCCACUCAGGAAAUUAUCGAAUUGACCCAGUCCGGUCGGCACGCGCAACCCCAAACCCAACGACAAACUGUCAGCCCCGAAGCAGAGCGCCAGCAGCGUGGUCUGGCCGGCCGUCAUGGUUCAAAACGCCCUGUCGCCAAUCGGAGUGUCGAAGAUGGUGCUAGUUUGAAUGUCAUCCCCGAGUCUGAAAAUGACGAUGCGGAUUCUGAACAACUUGAAGACGACGACGACGAAGAUGAAAGUCCCAUUGCUGCGACUCGUACGAGGUCCUCAAAGGCAGCACCUGCUGAAGAUGUUGAGUCGCCUUCCGCACGGAAGACCACGAGUCGCAAAAGAACCUCACAGCCACCACGCCGGAAGAGCAAGGAAUCGAGCGACUUCGAGCCCGAAGACGAAGACGAAGACGAGGAUGAGGACGAUGAUGAUGAUGUGCCAGUUCGAGCCAAAUCCAAGAGUGCAUCACGCAAGAAUAGUCACCCACGUGAUGACGCUGAUGAGUACAUUGGAUAUCCAAGACGUCGCGCAAAUAAUCUCUUGACUGACUCUCCUCAAAGUGCGGCUGCAGCUUUCGAUGAGGAUGUUGCAGACGAACUCGCGGAUGAACUCGCAGACCUAACAAAUCCUGACGAACGGCCAGCCAAGAGACGGCGCACCGCUGCUCAACAGAUCCCCCACCAUGAGAGGCCCACUCGCAAUGUCCAGCCUGUAAAUUACAACCAAUUCGCCAUGCUCCAAGCCAGCUAUUACGAUGCUGAAGCUGAUGACCAACUCCCCCACGCAUUCAAAUCUCCUUCCCGUGCCGGCGGAAAGAACAAGAUCACCCUUAUGCCAACAGCUGGUCCUUUUGGCGGUAAUCUCUUCCCCUCUGCAAUUGAGAAAGCCGUUCCCGGUGUCCAUCGUGCCGGCGAUGGUGAAGAAACCGAGACCAGUGAUGAAGAUGAUGCUGCUGAGCCGGCCGAACCGAUCAAUACUCUCCAGGAAAAGUCCACAUCAGGUGCGCCUGCCAAAUUAGGCAAGGUCGAAAAGGCCGCUAUGGGAGAUCUGGAUCCACUUGGAGUAGAUAUGAACAUCAAUUUCGACAGCGUGGGUGGCCUGCAGUCUCAUGUUGAUCAGUUGAAGGAGAUGCUGUUCCUUCCUCUGCUGUAUCCCGAGAUCUUCCAACGUUUCCACAUCGUACCUCCUCGCGGUGUGCUGUUUCAUGGCCCUCCUGGAACCGGAAAAACGCUUAUGGCACGAGCCUUGGCCAACAGUGCCAGCUCCGAAGGCCGCAAAGUCACCUUUUACAUGAGGAAGGGUGCCGACACCCUGAGCAAAUGGGUCGGCGAAGCUGAACGACAAUUACGUCUCCUAUUCGAGGAGGCUCGGAAAAACCAACCCAGCAUCAUCUUCUUUGAUGAAAUUGAUGGUCUGGCCCCCGUACGUUCAAGCAAGCAGGAACAAAUCCAUUCCACCAUUGUCGCCACUCUUCUCGCGUUGAUGGAUGGUAUGGACGGUCGUGGGCAAGUUAUUGUCAUCGGUGCAACCAACCGGCCUGAUUCUGUUGAUCCUGCCCUCCGUCGCCCUGGUCGAUUUGACCGCGAGUUCUAUUUUCCUCUCCCCUCAGUGGAGGGACGACGACAAAUCAUCGACAUCCACACUAAAGGAUGGGACCCACCAUUGCCUGUGGAGAUUAAGGAGCAUAUAGCAACCAUCACCAAGGGCUACGGAGGUGCAGACCUGCGAGCCCUGUGCACAGAGGCGGCCCUCAAUGCCGUGCAACGCCGAUAUCCGCAAAUUUACAGUCACUCCAAGGACUUUAUGAUCGCCAUCAAGAAGAUGGUUCCAUCAUCACAACGAUCAACCACGUCCGGUGCAUCUGCGUUGCCGAAAAGCGUGGAACCACUCCUCCGUCACCCAUUAGCCGAGGUUGAGAAGACUCUCGCAGAGGCUAUUCCUCAGCGCAAAGUACUUACUGCUUUGGAAGAAGCUCAAUUCGAAGAGCCCGACGAUGGGUUCGGCUUCCAACGUGAGCAAAUGAUGCAAGAAUUCGAUCGCUCGCGUGUCUUCCGGCCUCGAAUGCUUAUCAAAGGCGCCCCCGGGAUGGGUCAGCAAUACAUCGCUGCUGCUAUGCUCCAUAAAUUCGAUGGUUUGCAUGUUCAGGCCUUUGACCUCCCGACUCUGCUUAGUGACUCGGCUCGGUCACCUGAGGCCACUGUCAUCCAACUCUUCGCGGAAGUCCAGCGUCACAAACCAAGUGUUAUCUAUAUUCCCAACAUCCAGUCCUGGGCAAAUACCGUUGGGCCUGCUGUGAUAACUACUUUCUUGGGUCUACUCCAGUCACUCCCGCCGACCGACCCAAUCCUCCUCCUCGGUGUUCUCGAGUCUUCUGAGGAUGAGGUUGACGCUGGUCUUCUCAAGAAGAUGUUCGGCUACUCUCAGAAGAACGUAUUUGACGUUAGCGCUCCUGGUCAUGCUGCCCGCAAAGAGUAUUUCAAUCAACUGAUUGAAUACAUCAAAACCUCUCCAGCGCAGUUUCCCGACCCUGAAAAUCGGAAGAAGCGCAAGCUUGAGGAGUUGGAGGUUGCCCCUCCCCCUCCAGCAAAACGCCCCGCGCCAAUGACCAAGGAGCAAAUCAAAGCCCAGAAGCGGAACGACCGACAAAUUCUGAACCUUCUCAAGAUCAGGAUCCAGCCGGUAAUGGACAUGGUCAAGAAGUCGACGAAGUUCCGCCAUGGGCCCGUGUCUGAGAGCAUGGUCCCUUACUUGCUCGAGGAGGCAGAUCCUCAUCGCGUGACGAGUGAUCUCCCUCCUGAAGAGCGAGGGGGUGACCGGCCGUACGAGAUGGCGGUAGACAAGCACGGCGUCUCGGGCUUGGUUCAUGUGGCAUCCGGCAAAUUCUUCUAUAAUGUGGACACUUCUACAAUGGAGAAGCGCCUGAUCACGAAGGACGCGAUCAGCAUGGGUGACCAUGACCGAAUCUUGCGGGCCAGGGAACUUCAAGCAAACGUUGAAGUGGACAUGGCUAGCAUUGAGGCCGAGAACCCAGCUCUCGUGGCCCAGUGCGAGGCCAUAUUUCAACGGGAACUGGCUCGCAAGAAUGAGGCCAAGGAGGCAUCCCGGCUGGCGGAGGAGCAGCAGCGAUCGGGCGUUGCCGGUAGCGGCGACGGUGAGCUCGAAAUGAGCCACUCUGGUGAACUUGGUGGGGCCCAAGACACCGAGUCCAGCUCCUUCGGGCAAGCCGCGCAGCCUAAGCCUGCAUACUCACACACCGGGCCCUCUCAGCAGGUGCGCCGGGAGUACGGGAUGUACGGCGAAAUGUCGCAGAACGGCCCAAUGACGCCGAUGGCCGUGGGGUCCCAGCCGGGGGACUACACAAACGAGGCGUCGACCACGCAGACGACCUCCUACAAGAGGUCGUCUCUGCACUCUUCGGGCGAGUAUCCCGAUCUGGGGGAAUAUCCGGAUCGGGUCUCGCAUGAGGAGCACCUGCCUGACACUCAAUUGAGUAGUCAAGCUUCUCCCAUCACGCAUGGGAGUCAAUCUCAAACCAGGCCUCAGCCGCCUUUAUUCGGCGAGGCGAUGGCUGCCUCCAAGCUGGUCGUCGACCAGCCGUUCAUUGAGCAGUUGCAUAACGCUCUGGCUCAGCAAACGAGUGGCUGCUCCAUCGAACAGCUGGAGCAGAUAAACUCCUCCCUGAUGGACCUUGUCUGGCAGAAGCGCGGCGAAUGGGACCGCACGCUUGUUGCCAAGGCCAUCAGCCUGUCCUUCGACCAUGUGUUGAAGGACAUUCAAGCCGUGCAGGAGCUUGGCCCCAGCAGCCAUUCGGGUUAA